CAGGUUAGUGUCUGCUCAGCAGGUGAAUGAACAUGUAAUGGAGUUGCAGCAUCAGUCGCUGACCAAGGAAUUACUGGGGAAGGCUAUUGACAUGUCACAGGAAGAUGCUCAAAAAUGUAGAGCACAUGGAGAAGAUCUCCAUGCUGGCUUUCCAUCCAGUUAAGAUGCACAGCUGCUAUGAGAAGGUGGUGAACCUGAGCCUUGAGGGUCUGCAGCAACAGUUUGACGUGAGCAGCCCGUCAGUGUUUGUCCAAAGGGCCCAGAUCCCCAUGAGAGAGGUGAAACCUCAACUACUGACUAACCAGUCUAAUAUAGGUUAUUGGUUAACUGGUUAACACAAUGGGAAGUUUCUAUGAGAGCUAAUCAUUUUAUUGACACUCAUUUUAUUUCUUGAUCAUUUUCCUACACUGUAGCUCCUGUUUGACUAGAGUUUGUCAAAUAGUUGAAUGAUGAGGUUCUGACUGUGGCAUUGAUCAAGGACACAGUAGAACUAAAGGCGAACAUUGUUUGGCGGUUUGAUAACUAGGUGGACAGUUAAAUAGAUAUAGUUGUCUACAGACAUGCCACAAUACAGACUGUGGAACUGGGUGUAGUACAUUAUCACAUUAUUUCAUGGGAUAUUCCUAUAUGAGUCAGUUUGUCUGGUGUUACAUGCAUGUAUGUCACAAAGUUAGGUACAAAACUACAAAUUGUGUUUUACUAGAUGUUUGAGCAGAUCCUUCAUCAGAGUCUCGAGUCUCAGGGUACAGAGGAGCUGUGUAAGAUCAUCCAGCACUGCCAGGACAGAGUCAUUAAGGUAAUACACAAAGAAAACAGGCUUGUGCAUCAAAUUCUAGCAUAACAUCUACAUUAAUAUCUAAUAAUAUUACACCUGGCAUACUCCAGCCCUGGGAGUGAAACUUUUGGUCUGGCCUUGUUUUAGUGUUAAGGAAAAUUCAGGUUCAACUUUAUCAAUUUAUUAAUUUUUGAGCAAGAGUCCAGGAUACCGGGCAAUAUCCCAGCUUAAUCCCUUCUGUGCAUCGUCCUCUGAUAUUUUCAAGCCUCAACUUGCCAGCUCCAUGUUUAUUUUUAUUAUAUCAGAAAGUAUGAGUGUGUGGAUGAGCUAACUCAUGCUUUUGAAGCAUGAUGAUGGUCGCCACAGCGGUCGUCUUCCAGAUAGAGAUUAGAUAGAAAAUAAAAACUCCAAACUCAAGGAAUAAACACUUGACUUUUUGCGAGAACAGGUGAACCUCACAUA